CUGGGCUCUGCGUCGGCAAAUUGUAGAAGCUCUGUUCAAUAUCCAUGGCGUUGGCCCCAUUCCCCACACUCCACCACUCAUAAAUUCACUAUAAAAACACUUCCAUUUACAUUACAAAUCCCCCUCCCCCACCAACAACAAAACCCUCCAUUAAUUUCUCAUCAUUCUCCUCUUUUUAUCAUUCAGAACAACCCCCAGUUUCUCCCCCAAAAAUGAAAUCGGAGCUUUCACCGACAAUGGCGGCCCUCAAGAAGGACACCCCAUCAGAAACUGGUCUCUCCUUCUUCCUCUCAAGAAAAGCUCGCUACAAGUUCUGGGCCUUGGCCGCCAUUCUCCUCCUCGCCUUUUGGUCCAUGUUCACCGGCUCUGUUUCCCUUAAAUGGUCCGCCAGAACCUUCGCUAGAUUCUAUGACGGUCCUCUCAAGUCGAUCUUCGACGAUCUUGACAUUCUGGAAGUUGAAGAGCGGGAGAGGGAUGUCCGGCACAUGUGGAAUCUGUAUACUCACGGCGGCGGCGGCCGGUUGCCGCGAUUCUGGUCGGAGGCUUUUGAAGCGGCGUACGAGGAUUUGAUCGGCGAUGUUCCCGCCGUUCGAGAUGCUGCGCUUUUGGAGAUCGCUAGAAUGUCUCUGCAAUCUGUUCAUGUUGAUGUUGACCCAAUUCCGAUUAAAUCGAAGAGAGAGAGCAAAUUGAAGAACUCAAAACAAAAGCAAAUGGCUGAGUAGCUGUGGUGCUGUGCUAAGGCCCAAGGGGUUGUGUUUAUUUGAAGGAAUCUUUGAACUUGUUUAGCUACAUGUUCUAUACUACAUUAAGAACAAUGAAUGUACAAAAUUUACCACACCAAUCUAAUAUCAAUAUUUUUCGAAUGAGCACCGCGGUAAGAUUCAUUGUUGUACUCU